AUGGACGUGGAAAUGCCAACAACCCCAACGCCAACUGUUCGAUCGGCUAUUAAUGUGCCACGCACUGGGCCGAUUCCAGCGCCUCGAGCCACCGCUGCAACAACUGUCACAGCUGUCGCGCGGAACACAGCACAACCACCACCAGCGUCGCCAUUGAUGCCACCGGAGCCGCACCGCACCCGAUGUCCGCUGUGUCGCCGCUCACACCGGCUACAGCACUCUAGCAUCUUUAAAUCAAUGCAACCCAGUCAACGUCAGCGGGUAGCCCAGGCGCAUGGACACUGCCUCAAUUGCCUAAGUCUCACCCAUACGACGCAAGAGCGCGACGUUCGGCGACCACCCGCACCACGCAGUCGCGGCGCUGUCAGGCGACCGCCGCCCAGCCACCCGAUACAACAUCAACGCCCAGCUGCCGCUCCACAGUAUCGUCCAAGGAAUACAAGGAACGAAACACCUGCCCGGCGCCGACGGCCCAGACCAUCAUCCCGCCGCCCCACUGGCCUCAGCAGUGUUGUAGCAACGUUGCAACAGCUGCAGAAUUUGCUAGGCUAA